CUGGACAUGGCAGGUCUCAGAGGAGUCAAGAUUGUGCUGUUCUGGGUAGGGGUUAUCCAUUUGGCCACCUGUCAAGAUGAUUCAAACAAUACUCCUGCAAACACAAGCAAGAUCUCACCAACACCCACUUCACCCAGCAACACAUCCGACCCCCAGACACAGACCUCUCUGACCUUACCUGCAGUCACCGAUGCCAACACCACAGAAACAGCGCCCUCCGCAGCAACUCCGCCGACUACUGAAUCAGUCAAAGAAUGUUCCUUCGAGGUUACAACCAUCCAGGGUGGUUUCCAGAUCAACAUGACCAGUGCUCCCACUGGUGACUACAUCAUUUCCAUUUAUGAAAAAGGCCUAAAAGUUCCUGAAAAGGAAUUCAAGAUCUUCAACAAAACCUCAGCAUGGUCAGAACAAAUCAAACAUCUGAAGCCCUGUACUGAAUAUGAGCACAGAGUGGAACUUGUUCACAGUGAUGGGAACACACUCUGUAAGAGCCCUAAAAGUAAAACUGCAACUGGAAAACCUGUUAGGGGUGACAUUAAAGAUGCCUUCAACUACACCGGACAUGUUUGUUAUGAAAGUGACUGGGACAUCAGCUCUUCAUUGUCAAAACCAUUUGUUCGACAUGACCAUCAAACAGUUUGCUUCAAACUCUCCGAUAAAGACUUCUGCUCAGAGUUUACUCUAAAUGUCACUACUGAAAACUGUGUGAACUCCUCCUUUACCGUGACUAAACAAAUCACCAUCGAUUUUCUAAAUCCAGAUGGCAUUAAUCAGACUAAGCCCACUGGACUUCCUGCACAGAUAAAUCCAAAGUUACCUCCAAACUGUAAAAAUCUCACUGUGGAUUAUAGCUGUUCAGAAUUGGGACAAGUCAACCACUCCAUAAAUAUAACUGAGCUGGAGCCUUUCACAGAUUACACGUGUACAGGUCUGAUCAAAGACAACGGUGUCUCCAUCAAUAAAACAACUCUUCCUCUCAGCUUCAAGAUCGACUGUGAUCUCACAACAACCUACCAAACCGAAGCUCUUACCAACAUUUCCACUGAGCUGGUUCUGGAAACAACCAGUAAAAACUGUCCAGACGUCUCAAAUCUGAGGAAUCUUUCCUAUCAAUUUUUACGAGGUUGCAAAUGUGAAAAUGACCCAACUCCACCUGGAGGAACAUGUAAAGUCACUGGACUGACACCAUUCACGGAAUAUAGGUGUGAUGUCGGUCACAACUACAAAAACAAAAUAGUUCACAUUUCUGAGGGAUCUGAAUGGAAGACUUUGUCUGGAACACCAAAGGAUAUCGGUGAUUUGACCGUGACUCAACCAGAUAACAAUGUGAUAAAAGUAACCUGUGCUUAUAGCGCCAAUGGUUUCAGAGGACCUGAGAGGAAGGUCACAGCCCGUCUUCAUAAUGUUGAUGGCAGCCAACAAACUAAAAGAGAAUGUAGUUUUGAAUUCAAAGAUCUGAGUUACCUGACAACCUACACAGUGGAGGUGGUUGCUGACAACGGUGAUUUAAAGAGCAAACCCUCAACAGUAGCAGUUCAAACUUCCUAUAAUGACAAAGCUCUCAUGGGGUUUCUUGUCUUCCUCAUCAUCCUCACAUCUGUGGCUCUUCUUGUGGUCGUCUACAAGAUCUACAUUUUGAAACGCAGAAAGUCUUGUAACUUGAAUGAAGGCGCAGAGCUCAUCCCCAGGGGAAAUGAUGAAGAAAACCUGAUGCUUGUUGACCCAAUCGGAUCAGAAGUGCUGCUGGAAACCUACAAGAGGAAACUCGCUGAUGAGGGGAGACUUUUCCUGGCUGAGUUUCAGAGCAUCCCCAGAAUUUUCUCAAGAUACACGGUAAAAGAGGCCAAAAAGAACUACAACGGCCCCAAGAACCGCUACGUGGACAUCCUGCCGUAUGAUCACAACCGUGUCCAGCUGAACACAGGAAAUGGAGAGGCUGGAUGUGACUACAUCAAUGCCAGUUUCAUCGAUGGUUACAAAGAACAGAAAAAAUACAUUGCAGCUCAGGGGCCUAAGGAAGAAACAGUGACUGACUUCUGGAGGAUGGUCUGGGAGCAGCAGUCCUCUGUUAUUGUCAUGGUGACGCGUUGUGAGGAAGGAAACAGGGUCAAGUGUGCACAGUACUGGCCAUCCCAAGACCGCGAGACUGAGAUCUUUGAGGAGUUCAUUGUGAAGCUGACCUCAGAGAAACACUUUCCAGAUUACACCAUACGUCACAUCAGCCUCAGUAAUAAGAGGGAGAAAAACGCAGAGAGAGAAGUGACUCACAUUCAGUUCAUGAGCUGGCCAGACCACGGCGUCCCAGGAGAGCCUCACCUCCUGCUGAAGCUCAGGAGACGUGUCAAUGCUUUCAAGAACCUGUUCAGUGGUCCCAUUGUCGUUCACUGCAGUGCCGGAGUUGGAAGAACAGGUACUUACAUCGGCAUUGAUGCCAUGAUGGAGGGUCUGGAGGCGGAGGGCAGAGUGGACAUCUACGGCUACGUUGUCAGACUCCGCAGACAGAGAUGUCUCAUGGUUCAAGUUGAGGCCCAGUACAUCCUCAUUCACCAAGCCCUGCUGGAGCACAACCAGUUUGGAGAAACAGAGAUCAGUCUGCCAGAGCUGCACAGCACAGUGAACACACUCAAACACAAAACCACAGACACGGAGCCCUCACUAAUGGAAGAGGAGUUUGAGAGACUCCCCUCCUUUAAAAACUGGAGAACAUUCAACACAGGGAUGUCAGAGGAAAACAAGAAGAAGAAUCGUUCAUCAUCUGUCUACCCAUAUGACUACAACCGAGUGUUGCUGAAGGUUGAUGAAGGACUCAGCCAAGAUAGCCAAGAUCCUGAUGAAGAGGAAGAGGAAGAGUCAUCAGAUGAAGAGGAAGAAGACUCCACUCAAUACAUCAAUGCCUCCCACAUUGAUGGUUACUGGGGUCCUCGUAGCUUCAUUGUAGCGCAAACCCCAGUUCCAGACACUCUGGGUGACUUCUGGUCAAUGAUCCACCAGAAGAAAGCAUGUACUGUUGUCAUGCUUUCAGCCAGCAAUGAGGGAGAUAAGGAUAAUGAUUCUGCAUACUGGGAUCAAAAUAAGAAAGUAUUUGGGGAGAUUGAAGUUGAGGUUACAAACACAGAAACUUCUACAAAUUUGAUUACCCGCACCAUGAUGAUACGUCACAUCAAGAGGAGAGAGAGUCGACCAGUGAAGCAUUUCCAAUUCUUGAAGUGGGACAACAGAGAGCUGCCAGAAAAACCUCAAGACCUCACAGAUAUGAUCAAAGACAUUAAGAACAAAUGUGAAACCAGCAAAUCCCAGCGGGGCAUUCCCAUUGUGGUCCACUGCAAUGACGGCUCGUCCCGUUCAGGCAUAUUCUGCGCUCUGUGGAACCUGUUGGACAGCGCUGAGUCUGAAAAACUGGUGGAUGUCUUCCAAGUGGUCAAAACUCUACGCAAGGAGCGACAAGGCAUGAUCUCCAGCCUGGAGCAAUACCAAUUCUUAUACAGUGCUCUGGAGGGAGUUUUCCCCGUCCAGAAUGGGGACGCAAAGCAGGUAAAGGCGGCUGCAGCCGACAGCGUUCAGAUAGUCAAUGAGACCAAAGAGCAGCACGUUGAGGAAAAGGCUGAGCAGCCAGCCAGCACUACCAGCAGUGACCGGCAGGACACGACAGAGAGCACUCCCCUGAAGGCUUCUGAGGACAAGGAAAAGGAGAAUGUUGUGGAGUCCAGCCCCCCCAAAGAGACAACCCCACUGCAGGACAGCAGCAACGGCCCCACUGUCACGGCGGAGGUCUGA